UUCUGCACAUACUUCUCGCAUCGUUCUUGCACCGCUACGUCGUAAUCGUGAUUGCAGUUAAAAAAACAGACCUGCAAUGUCUGUAUCAGGUCAUCAUUUGGGAGAAAAUCGUAAAAGUAUGAAGUGCUUAUUGAUCAUCAUUCUCGUGGCUAUUACCUCGACCAUUAAGGCAGAAACGUUUAGAGUCACUGAUCAAGUAUAUUUCGAUAUAAUGAUUGAUAAUCAUCCAGUUGGUAGGAUUGUUAUUGGCUUAUUCGGCGAUAUUGCGCCAAAAACAGUGAAAAACUUUAUCACUUUUGCUACUACUGGUAUAGCUGGAAAAAAAUAUGCAGGGACCAAAUUCCAUCGCGUGAUAAAGAAGUUCAUGAUUCAAGGUGGUGACGUCGAAAAUGGCGACGGUACUGGUUCCAUUAGUAUUUAUGGAAAAUAUUUCGACGAUGAAACUUUUGAAGUAAAACAUACCGGACCAUUGAUCGUCAGCAUGGCAAACGCUGGAAAGGACACCAAUGGUUGUCAAUUUUUCAUUACUACCAUACCAACUCCUUGGCUAGAUGAUCACCAUACAGCAUUUGGAAAGGUGGUUAACGGUGAAGCUGUAGUCUUUAAGAUCGAACAGACCAAAACGGAUAGCGAUGACAUUCCAUUUGUGCCUGUAAUAAUCUAUGACAGUGGAAUUCUUCCAACGGAGCCAUUUACUAUAUCAGAUAACCCUUACGAUGCAUGGGCGUGGAUUAAGGCGACCUGCGUACCGUUGGGAUUUAGCUUCUCGAUACUUGCGAUCUUUCAUUAUAUGAUGAAACAAUUGAAUGUUUAAAUGACAAUCUUGAUACGAAAGACUGAUUUAAAAAAUGAAUUCAUGUCUUUAUUGGAUCUAAAAAUUUAAUAUUUAUUUUUAUAUGUAAAAUUGUGUAUAAUUGCAUAUUACUUAUGUAUCAGUUUUAUAAAAGAGUUACAUUACUCGUAUACUAUAGCUAAUACAAUGGAAUAUGGUUUGCUUCUUAUAAGAUAACAUGCAUGAGAAGAAAGAAACAUCAAGCGCCAUCUCUGUAAAGGUUAAUUGUUGAAACUGCUAUGUAGACAUAAAAAUAUUUAAAAAAAAUUAUUUCAUUUACUUUAUAAUAAAUUGAAUAAAAUGCAA